AUGGGUGGCAUCGGAGUGGGCGCUCUGGGCGGCGCGGGGGGCGUGCUCGCGGCAGAGGUGUGCGCACCGCUGCUGCUGCUGUGCUGGCUUUGCUGCUGGCCCGAUGACGACCGCUCUGAAUCAAAUUCCCGACAACGCUCUAAUGAGUUGUUCGCCAGACGUUUUGGGAGUAGCGCGGUGUCCUUACACACGCCCAGCACAUCUGGUCACACGAAACAGCCCCUGUCUUCCCACAGGAGUCACGAGGAGAUUCGGUGCAGACGAAAGUCACAUUUGGAGCCAGCGGACCCCGACGCCCGCUACCACUCCGCGCCCAGCGUCAUCGACGAAGUCAUUCACAGAAGAGACUGGGAACGAUCUACCAAAGACCUCUACAUACCUCUAAAGUCGGACAAUGAAUUCUCCAAUGCAAGCGAUGUCUCCGAUAAAUCAGAUAAAGACGAAUCCUUGGAAGAGACUACGGAUAAAGUAGUCGUCAGAACCUGCAAGAAACACUACACUAAUAUUAAAUCGUCCCGGAAAAAAGAUCUCAACAAAGAAUCACUAAACGAUGACAUCAAAGACAAGGAUGCCACCGAGAGCGUGUCUAACUUCUAUAUCGGCGACGCGAGUGACACCACGAGCCCUAAUGAGAACAUUAACGAAAUAAAAGUCGAGCAUAAGGUUAAGAAAAUGUGUAAACCUAAGGAAGCUAAACAAUGUCUUAACGAAUCCAUCAGGAGCAAGGAUAUAGGCAGGCACAGGCAGCCGCUGGUACCGCUCACGGAAUUCCAAGUGGCCGGCUUCGAGCUAAACGACAUGGACGACGUGGAGCUGGACCGGUCGGGGGCAAUGCAUCACACAGUCGAAUCUCGGUCGAGUUUAUACAACACUCAUACCAUACCGGCUCCACCUCCUUCCGUGGAGGCGGUUGGGUACGAGUGGGAGGCGUCGUACAUGGAGGAGAGCGGCGCGGCGGGCGUGUGGCGUGCGCCGGUGGCCGCGCCGCCGCCCGCGGGCUGGUCGCGCGCGCGCCACGCCAGCGCCGGAGACGUGCUCGCGCCCGUGUUGCGCCCGCAGUCCGGCGCGCUCUCCGAGAGUGAUCUAGAUUUCGAGCUUGAUGGCUGUGACGAUCCUCCGCCCGCCUACGACGAGGUCGAACUGCUAGCUUCCUUGGACAGGAAGGAGACGGCUAUAUAGGCGUCUCAUACGUACGGCGAAGUAGUCGUCAGGUGUCCGGGUUUGAUUGAUUUAUAAAACUUGGAAGCAAACCUUAGAUUGCAAACCUCAUUUGCACCACUGAACAUAUUACAGGUUUUACUUAAUUCCAUAGUUUGUAUUAAAAAUUCAGUUAUUUUUAAUGGAAAAGAUUUACAUUUUUUUGAUUUUAUU